AUGUGCUCCUUGAUGGUCAUUGGCGCCUUCUCCUCCGACUCUCCAUUCUUCUACGUCAACACAUGGGCCAACUCCACCGACUGCUCAGGAGGCAGCUCCACAAUGGAGGUCUAUGGCUUCAUUGAGAAUGCUUGCACUGGAUACCAGAGUUACACAUGCAAUCAGACAUCCGCCUAUGAGAACUUCUUUAAUGAGGCACCAUGUGUAGGAUUGAACUAUACUGAUGUCCUGCCAUUUGGCCAGUGCUCGGACGCCGGCUCUGGAUACUACCAGAACAACACCUGUCUCCAAUUCGAUGAGAUCACCGAGGUCUACAAAGGAUACACUGCCAUCUACAGCUACACCGAUGAGAACUGCAAUGGAACCAUUCCAGCAGCCUUCAACAUCUCCCCACUGCCACUGUGUGAUGCUCCUUACCGCGUCAAGUGUGAGAAUGGCAUGCUGUACAUGGCCGAAUGUCACAACGACUGGUGCACCAAGUGUGAUGCCUGGAAGGGUCCAUUGCCUCCACAAUGUUUGGGUGGUACUCAGUUCAACUGUGUCGAAUAA